UCAGUCUCACGACGGUAUUGGGACGUUUAUUUACCGCGAUAUUCGGUAUAUCGUUACAUCCCUACAAUGACCACAAAGACACACAAUGACCACAAAGACACACACAAUGACCACAAAGACACACACAAUGACCACAAAGACACACAAUGACGUAGACAGGACACAAAACAACCACAAAGACACACAAUGACCACAAAGACACACACAAUGACCACAAAGACACACAAUGACCACAAAGACACACAAUGACCACAAAGACUGGGAGGUCCUUCACAAAGGUUGACCAAUAAGGGACAAGAAGGCUCGCUAUAAAGGUGCGAGUACAACGUUUGUUCAACAGUACGAUCCCGGGUCUGCUCGGACUUUGUUUUUGUCGUUGAUGAAGUAAAGUUCUUUUUGCAACAAACUCUGACUGCCUCCAGCGAUUUCUUCAGAACCCAUUAGAAUUGUAUAAUCACGAAGAAAGUUAAUAAGUUAUAAUGUUGAGAAGGAGGUCCGGACUUUUUCGACUAGCCUAGUCCGAGAUUCUCCUCCGACAUAACCACAGAAUAUAAAAGACUUUCAUUCAAACAAUCAUUGCUUGAGGGAUUGCUUUAAAACCCUUAUACUGCCUGUCAGUACUGUUGGAGCACUGAGGACGGUGGUCUGAAGCCCACCUCGGCUCCGCGCGUCCCUUGAUGAGCUGGUCAAAUUGUAAAAGAAGGAAUUCGAAACACCAGGAUAAACAAUAAUCUGUUUUAAUGGUAAACAAACAAUACAAAAUAAGGAGUACGCCUGCUCUGGUCCUAGUGCUGGGAGAUCUUACUAUCUUGGCAGCAGGAGGAAAAAGAGGCCGGACACCAAGACACAACAGGGCUACAUGCAAUCCCAACGGGAGGAGUUGUGUCUGAUGCUCCCCCCACAGCGGCCAUCCAUUGGGAGAUACAAAAACGAUGGGCUGUCGCAGCGAAUCAGCGCGAGCCAGCCGAGGUGACCCGGAAACAAGAGUCUCUUAAGUUUGAGGCAAAACAAACACAUCUGGUGUUCGUUGUCUCGCAUUCCUGCAGCCUGCACACACACACACAUUUUCUGCAUAGACUUCCCUCUCUCCGGCCCCCUCCCCCAUCAGUUCAAUACACACAGCUCCACACACCCUUGGAAUUUUUAAGAUAUGUCUAAGAUAUAGUUGUUUAUAGUUGGCUAAUACAUGUAAGUUACUUUAAUAUCAAUAAUAACGAAGAAAAUAUUCCUACAGCAAUGCGAGAAAUAGUAAAACUUUACAGAAAACAUAUAUAAAGAACUCUUUGACAGAACGCACACUCAUUUCCCUAAGCAUGUUUAACGCACACUCAUUUUACUCUGCUGCCUUCCAGAUGUUUGCCACGCUGUGUCCAAAUAAGGAUAUCUCAUCUCUCACAUCUCCACUACUCUUAAUACAAACGUUUCACUUCUCAUAUUUCCAGCUUCUUGUUAUACAGACUGCUACUAUUUAAUACAAAGUAAUUAAGUACACACACAUAUUUAAGCAAACUCACGUCUGGACACUAGGAACACAGGUUACUUCAAUAAUCAAUAAUACACACUAAAUUACAUCUCCUAAUAAAUGCGUCAUGUGUUAAUAAAUCACACAGUGAUCCACCAAAUGAAAGAUUCACCAGAUUCCUUUCUCCAUCCAUUCCUUGUAAAAUAAUAAUUUUAUUAAUUAGAAUAUAUCUAUUGUUCCAAAUUGGAGUAGUAUGUGUUGUAAAGUUAUGUUUGUCUAUGAGUUUCAAGUAUAGGAGAGCUUGCUGAUGAAAAGCAGAUAACUUGAAUGGCAAUGGUGAAUCUGGAAGUUGGCUAGAGAGGACGCUGGCGUGUUUUUCGCCGCUCUUCUUGCCAACGAUUAUUCCUCGUGUCUCUCACUCCCUGCCGUCAGUUCUUUUUCACAGACACAGAGAAAAGAUAGUUCUGCUCUGGUUUUGUGUUUCUGCGGUCUCCGUUGCUCAGCCGAUUAUGUGUGGCUGCUGUUUAGCUCCUAGCCUCUGCCGUCCUGCCGUUAGCAACACGAGCUCACCGUCGUGCUCUGCUCUCCGUGGAAUCCCCGCUCCUGAAUACCCCGACUGGGCUCCUCUCUGCCCCGCUGCCUGGACCAUCCACGACCCCUCCCUCAGUCCUGCCAUCUCAACUGGGCUGUUUUCCAUCCAGCUGCUGAGGCUCGAGGUCCGGUUUCUACAGGCUAAUGGUGCUAGCUGCUGGAAGGCUCGCUGUUCUUCCCACAUGACCCACCCCGCAACCUGAGGUCUUCAGACUUUUAUUUAUUUAGUAUUUAACCUUUAUUUAACCAGAUAAAAGCAUUGAGAUAAAAUCUCAUCUCAAAGCUGACCUGGCCAAGAAGGCAGCAACGUGACACAGAACACAGACAUGUAAAAUACAGAGAACACAGCUAAGAAAACAAAAGAGGAGAAGCAGUCUCUACAUUGAGCCCAUCAGGACAGAAAGGCGCUGCUUAUCACAGCCAGAGCAGCUGGAGGGAAGGAGCUCAGACAACUUCAACUUAAAACAUGCUAUUGAGACAAGUGUCCUCAGUUUGAGGCGUGAAAGUGGGUCAUUUUUUUAAUGUGGUGCCUUUGGUGUCCCCAGUACAAAAUAUGUUGUUUUUUGUCUAAAUCUGGACAAAUACUAAUUACAUUUUGUUUUUAAUGUGUGUUAAAUUGUUAAUUUAUUAUUAAUACAAUGAUAUGCACAUCUAAGUUUUUUUUUCAUUUUAAAAGCAUUGGUUAAAGGGAUAUCGAGGAGUUUUUCCAUGUCCCCACUGCUGGUCAUUCAACUUAGAUCUAAAAUAUAGCUAUUAAAAACAAAAUUAAUUUAUAAAUAUGUUAUUAUUAUUUUAUUUAACUUGUCAAAAUCUAUCUAAUCAAAUAAUGUUUUUAUUCAAAUUGUAAAAAAAAUAUAUAUAAAAAUAAGGUUUAAUGUUUGUCCCCGAGGGUCGCUGUCCACCCUGUUGAGCUGUGUAUCUGUCCCUUUAAGAAAAAUACAUAUUUCUCAGUGACAUCACACCUAUGAAAUUAAAUGACACCAGAGGCGGGAAAUUCAACUGAGGUAAGCUGUGUGGGUUUCUACUGCUCUUACAACUGAUUUGGAUGUUUCUGUCAAUUUUGUUUGAUGUGUUUGAACAUAACAUGUCCAACCUGUUAGGCCUAAGUAUGAAGGAUAUUAAUCGAAUUCUAUUAUUUUAAAAAGUUCCUUUAAAAAGUGAUUGAUUCCUCAUAAAGUAUCCAAGGUCAUGCUAGCAAAUAUGCUAACACAGGCAGGGUAAAGGCUAACUUUUGCUCAAAAUGUCCACCCUGUUAGUGUCCACCCUGUUAGGCUUAUUCAACUAACAGGGUGGACAACAUCCUAACAGGGUGGACAUGUAAGUAUUGUUUACUUAUUACAACAUUUGUUAAUAUUAUAUUAAUAUUAUAUUAUUUAUUGUUAUAUUAUUAUAUUACUAUUAUAACAUUAUAAUAAUGUUUUUAUAAUAUAAUAAAUGAUCACCACCAUUAGAUCUAUAUGCACAACACAAACUGCUGCAAAAAAUCCUAGGGAAACACUGAUGGGUAUAUUAUCUAGUAUAUUAUGUACACAAGGAUUAUAGGUAUAGUACUUAAAGUAAUGGCAUGCAUUUGUAUAGGAAUGGCAGUCAUUUGCAUUCAGGGCUCUUGGAUUCUCCAAGAAGAGGGGGAUGUUGGACAGGGAUGCAGACCUUAAUACUUUUCAGAGGAAGAAGAGUUCAAGCAGUCUAGAAAGUAAAGCCAGUAUCCAUACCUUCUUUCUUCGUGAUGACGUUAGUCGUAUGACAACUGGGCGCAAGCAGACCAUCACAGUGAGGAAGAAGAAGAUGCAGAAGCGACUGCUUUCUGACACACUCAAGAACCUUCACAGGAAAUUUGGAUCCGAAAACUCAGACAACGUGUCAUACUGUCUUUUUUGUGCAUGUCGGCUAUUUUGGGUCGUGGCCCCUACUGAUGCUGAUCGGGCCACGUGCCAGUGUAAAACCCAUGAAAACCUCCAGUUCAUGGCUGACACCCUCUACAGCCAUGGGAUUGUCGUCUCCAAUAAUAUUGAGGAGAUGGUUGACCGCACUGUCUGUGCCACAGAAAUGAAAGCUUGCGCCUAUGGUGAUUGUGUAGAGUGCCGCCUCACCACUCACCCAACCCUGAAAUCAGCCACAGAGGAAAUUGUACAAGUUGUACAAUGGUCUACUGAAAGGACAGGUGAGGAAGAGAGGGAGACCAUUACGCUUAAAAACGAGGUCCAGAGCACUGAAUCAGACCUGGUCAGCAAAUUUCAAGAGAAUCUAUUCAAAUUCCGUAAGCACCUUUUUAACAUCAGGUGGCAAUACAGUGCUUACAGACAGCUACGGGAAAGCCUCCAAGCCAACGAGUGCUUAAUCCACAUCGAUUUCAGCGAAAAUUACUCUUGCAAAUAUCACAACGAGAUCCAGUCUGUGCAUUUUGGAGGGUCCCAUCAACAGGCAACGCUGCACACUGGUGUACUGUACACCACUGAACAGACACCACUGUCAUUCUGUUCAAUCUCAUCCUCACGACGACAUGACCCACCAGCGAUCUGGGCCCACCUGGAGCCUGUCCUGGAGAUGGUGAAGACCAAGUGUCCAAAGGUGGAAAGGCUUCACUUCUACAGUGAUGGCCCGGCAACCCAGUACAAGCAAAAGGGAAACUUUUACUUUCUCUCCACUGAGCCAUUCAGGCUUGGUUUCAAAGAACUGACCUGGAAUUUCUUUGAGGCCAGCCAUGGCAAAGGAGCUCCAGAUGGCAUCGGAGGGACAUUGAAGCGGUCAGCGGACCGAAUUGUGCGCUUGGGGGAAGAUGUUCCAGAUGCCAUCACUCUUUUCAAAAAACUCAAGAGACUGGAAUCAACAGUGGAGCUCUUCUUUGUCAGUGAAGAGGAAGUUGAAGCAAAAACAGAGGUCCCUGCUCUGACACCUAUUAAGGGCACAAUGAGGAUGCACCAGGUGAUCAGCGUCUUACCUGGGCAUAUCAAGUACAGGGACAUCAGUUGUUUCUGUCAGAGGCAGGAUGGUCCACUGGAUUGUGCCUGCUUCGACCUGAAAGUAGCUACUGUGAAUGGAGUUCCUGUGACCCCCCCAAAUCAGAAUGAAGAGACCCCAUGGCGACCAGCGGCAGUUGACAGCACACACAUUGGAGGGUGGUGCGUCAUUAAGUAUGACGAUGAUGUGUACCCUGGCAUCAUCAUGGACGUGGAGGGCGAUAGCAUUCAAGUGAAGUGCAUGCAUAGAAAUGGAGUAAACAAAUACUUAUGGCCAAGACCACGUGAAGAUGUCAGCUGGUAUGCAGAGGAACAACUUAUCUGUCUUAUACCAGAGCCAAAGGCACUCAACAAGCGCUCAGAGCGUCCAACUUGAGAAGCUUACAUGGAAGUACCUAGAAAAUAACUUUAUGUAAACUAAAAAUGUACUCGAAGUUAUGCACGAUGAUCAGAGCUCUUGGUUAAGGUGUUCAGGCUACCAAACCCAGUGGUGUUCCACAAGCCACUGGUGGUGGCAAAAAACGAGCAUGAUUAUAGUUGGCCUCAGCAAAGUGCCUCAUAAAGCCUUUGCCUACCUGUUUGAGCCCUCCAAGUUUUGGUGUUGGCCUUUCUUUUUCCGUGAUUUUUUUUAUUAGAAAUUCUGCUGAAUAAAUGAAUUAUGAAGCAAAUUACUGUCUUCUUCAUUAGCUGCCAUUUUCCUCAGUCUCCAACGUAGGGCAAUAGCCUACUGUACGUGCCCCACAGCAGGAAAAUAUUAUGACAUCACACAGACUUGCUCACAGGUCCUAGGGGCGUACCAAAGACCCCAAAUCAAAUUCUGAUAUAUUUUUUUAAUUCUGUUAAUAUUUGUUGCUACUCUAAAGUACACAUUCUAUAAGAAAACCCUGCAACCACAGACACAGCAGACCUUUGGGACGGAGAUAGCCUUAUGAAGAAGCAAAGGCAGAUACACAAAGUUGCAGCUCCAGCUCCAAAUAGUGGGUAUAUCAAACCAAAACGAUUUGAUAUAUUCAAACAAUUUUAAUAAUUUAAUAUAAAAGAUUGUUUUAACAA